AUUGAUAUGUUUUAUCAUAACAGUGUGUUCAGGCGUGAUUGAUUGUUAUUUGUGGCGUAUCAAGGCGACUGAUUUUCUGCUUAGACGGAAUUCAGUAGAGAGAUACUUCGCAGUCUUCCCAAGUGAUGAGUUAGCUCUAUUACACCUAUUGCGUUACGUCUGCCACUAUGAAGACUGGCGAUCUCGAGCAAAUUUUGAAUCAGGACUAUCAUAUUGGAGCGAAGAUUGGCUCAGGAGGUUUCGGGAAGGUUUACCUUGCGACUCAUGUCGUCACUUUGGAAAAGGUCGCCAUCAAAGUUAUGGAAAAACGGAAGCUUGGGGAUGAUCUCCCGCGAGUGGCGCGAGAAAUCAAGGCACUGAAGAUACUUAAUCAUCAGAACAUUGCCCAAUUAUACCAAAUCGUGGAAACAAAAGAUGCCUUUGUCCUUGUCUUGGAAUACUGCCGUGGAGGCGAAGUUUUCGACUACAUUGGUGAGCCAGCCCGUGAGUGUAUGGAUGCCCGGCGGAAGAAAAAUACGAGUUUUUCGCAGUCAAGAUUGCCAGAGGUCGAAGCACGGUUGAUUUUCCGACAGAUCCUUGCAGCGCUAUGCUUCAUACACGAACGAGGAUUCUGUCACCGGGAUUUGAAACCGGAGAAUGUCCUGUUGGCGGAGGACAAGGAAGUCAAAAUCAUAGAUUUUGGAUUGUGUGCAAUGCCGGGUAAUGAUGGAACCGGACGUGAUAUGCGCCUGGAAACUAUGUGUGGGUCGAUGGCGUACGCUGCUCCCGAAUUACUGAAAGGGGAGAAGUACAUAGGUCGUGAAGUUGACAUCUGGUCACUGGGUGUCGUACUUUUUACACUUGUCGCCGGAUAUCUUCCCUUUGAUGGUGAUGAUAAUGCCGUGCUGUCGCGUGCAAUUCAGAGUGGAGUAUAUGUUCAGCCAGAAUAUUUGAGUUUCGAAGUUAAGAAUAUCAUCCAAGGCAUGUUGCAAACGAAUCCAAAGAUGAGAAUGAAAAUAAAGCAUCUUGUUCAGCAUCCGUGGGUCAACAUCGGAUUUGACGAACCCGUUACGUCAAGCUCAGUCUACGAGAUGGAUGUCUUCGAUGUUGACAUUGUUGAGGAGUUGGCGAUGUUCUACAAAAUGUCUCCGAGUGUGAUCAUGGAUCGGUUGAUACAGUGGAAAUAUGAUCAUUUAACCGCCACCUACCUGAUCUUGUGUCAUCGCAAGCUCCGGAAUCUCCCAGCGCGGCUCACGAGAGCUUCUGUGCAGCAUGCAUUUGAUGUUGGAGAUCUACCAGGGUGGUCUGGAGGAAGCACGAAUUCUAUGGAUACCCUAACUGCACCUUCGACGACGAAGAUGGAGCAAUGGGUUAUUCCUCAGAUUAAUCCGUCCACCUCACGUCGUCCCUUGGGCCAGAUCCAAAUGCAGCAGGAAACAUCUUCGAAUGUUUCAGGUUACCCACCGAAUCUUGCUAUGUCCAUGGAUUCAGGCCUGCAGAACAUUUCGAUGGAAGCACUCGCGACACCAAGAAAAACGAGAACAAAACCUGCUUUACCCGAUUCCCAAGGGCCUCAAACGGUCAAGAUUGUGGUAGAUGAAAACGUUCCCCCGAAUGCGGCGCCGACUUUGACUUUGCCAAUGACCCCAGAACGCGAAAUGUUCGAUCCCGAAUUCAACACUCUGCAUAACGUCGCUUGUGGAUAUCAGAAAGAUCCAGAUGCCUUAUUUUUAUCCUUGAAAUCUGCAAUGGAACAAAUGGGAAUCCAAUGCAAGAUCAAAGGGCCAUAUUGCUUGCAAGGGAAGCAAGUUCAACCUGGACACGAGUCAUUGACUCUUGUGCUUGAGAUUUGCCAAAUUCCUCUGAUGAAAGGCAUUAUAGGUAUCAAACGCAAGCGAAUCACGGGUGAAUCUUGGCAUUAUAAGAAGGUUGUGGAACGCAUCAUGCGCAACGUUCAAGAAUUUCCUGUGUCGCCACGUUGACGGAAGAUAGUAGACAUCAUUUCUUGAAUAAUUGACUUACAGUGGUGCUCUUCCUUGGUUCUUCUCGGGUGGGGGUCUUCUCGUUGCUGAGGAUUGAAGAGACGAGAACCGUUUCCUUGAUGACUUUCGUAAGCGGCGGGGAACCCUCGUCGUGAUCAUGAACGACCGUGAUUGCGUUUAUGAUUUGUUCGACAUCCUGUGGUAAAUUGUGCAUAUCCAUUUUCCCACUGGUCCAUUCGUUUAUCAUUCGCAUCUGCUGUCAUUAAUGCCGAUUAUCCUUAAGUUGUAGUGAAAAUGCCGUUAUUCGUAUUCUGAAUCUCGAUGAUGAACAUUCAAGUUCACUUAUUUUCGAUUUGUUCAUUUUCACGUUAGGCUUCGUUUAAUUUCUUCGCGUGAACGAUCGAAUCCAGUCGAAAGACAAGGUGAACCGAGCCUUCCAAUUCGUGCUUAUGCAAAUUUUCUAUGAGAGUUUUACAAUUUUUUGAAGAAUUUGUAUCCCUGCAUUUUCAAUGUUUUGCAGAUAUCCAGAUUGUGGGAUAUUAUAUGACUAGAAACGCAUUUUAUUUAA